UUAAAAGAUACAAUGCUUAUACCUUAUAAGAACCGAACCGAAGGCAUUUAGGAGCAUAAGCCCAGGAAGAAGAGCCAAAGCUUCAGAAGCUUUUGGUUUUGGGAGAAGAGAAUUUGAAUGUCGGGAACCACCAUUGGCAAGUUCAACCCUUUACAUGGCGGUGACAUCAUCCUCUCUCUGUUUCACAAGCACAGGACCUUUGGCCAUUUGAAGCAAAUCCACUCCCUCCUCAUCACCUUUGGCCUCUCACAAAACCCUUUCUUCCUCGCCAAGCUUGUUACUUCCAUUGCAGCCUCUCAACCUAGCCAUCUUGCCUACGCUUCGCUGCUCUUCGACGGGGUAGAAGCACCCACCACUCAGUUAUGGAAUUCCAUAAUCAGAUCAUUCUCUACGAGUUCAGAACCUCGCAGGUCCCUCAUUUCCUAUUCAAAAAUGCGCACAAAUGGUAUUGCUCCCGACAAGCACACCUUCCCUUUGCUUCUCAAGGCCUUUUCCAAGUUGGAAAACGAAAACCCAUUUCAGUUUUACGCUCAUAUAGUCAAGUUUGGAUUGAAUUUUGACCAGUUUGUGAGGAAUUCAUUGAUAUCUGCAUUUUCUGGUUGCGGGUACUUAGAGUCUGCCAACCAGGUGUUUGAUGAAAGUACGCACAAGGAUGUGGUUGCUUGGACUGCAUUUAUUGACGGGUAUGUGAAAAACGGUCGUGCCCUGGAAGCAAUCAAGUGUUUUUUGGAGAUGAGAUUGAUGGGAAUUAGGGUCGAUGAGGUGACAGUUGUUAGUGUUCUUUGUGCUGCCGGAAUGGCUGGUGAUAUUUGGUUUGGACGGUGCGUUCAUGGGUUCUAUGUGGAAGCAGGUAGAGUACAAUGGGAUGCCUAUGUUGGUAGCGCUCUUCUGGAUAUGUACAUGAAGUGCGGCUACCAUGAAGAUGCUUGUAAAGUUUUUAAUGAAAUGCCAGUUAAAAAUGUAGUUUGUUGGAGUGCCUUGAUAGCAGGUUAUACGCAAUGUAGCAAAUAUAAAGAUGCAUUGCUUGCCUUGAAAUAUAUGCUUUCAGAGAGCAUCAGACCUAACCAAUCUACAUUCACGAGUGUACUUACUUCUUGUGCGCACCUAGGGGCGCUAGAUCGAGGAAAGUCGGUUCAUGGUUACAUAUGUAGGCAUAAAAUUCCAGUGAACUCAUUACUUGGAACAGCAUUAGUAGAUAUGUAUGCAAAAUGUGGUUGCAUUGAUGAGGCUCUAUCUGUUUUUGGAAAGUUACCCACCAAGGACGUCUUUACUUGGACUGCCAUGAUUAGUGGGUUGGCAAUGGAUGGGGAUGCUUUAAAAGCUUUGAACUUCUUCUCGCGUAUGUUACAGAGUGGGGUUCUGCCUAAUGAAGUAACCUUCAUUGGUGUUCUUAGUGCUUGUUCUCAUGGAGGUCUUGUAGAUGAGGGACGUAAGCUUUUUGAUUCAAUGAAGCAGGUUUUUCAUUUGGAGCCUACUGUAGACCACUACGGUUGUAUGGUUGAUUUACUUGGUAGGGCUGGGUACUUGGAAGAAGCAAGAAAAAUGAUUGAGGGCAUGCCAAUGUUGCCAACAGCUGGUGUAUGGGGAGCUCUGCUUGGUGCCUGUAUGAUUCAUAAGAAUUUUGAGCUAGGGGAACUUGUAGGAAAUCAUCUGAUCAAGCUGCAGUCAAAUCACAGUGGACGAUACAUACUUUUGUCGAACUUGUACUCGACAUGGAAGAAAUGGGAAAUAGCUGCUGGCAUAAGGAAGCUCAUGAAAGGGAAACGUGUUGAAAAGAUGACAGGGUAUAGCUGGAUAGAAGUCAAUGGUGCAAUUUUUGAGUUCGCUGCUUUUGACAAAUCACAUUCUGAAUCAGAUAAUAUAUAUUUGAUGCUGGACAACAUGUUCGUCCAAUUGAAACUCGCUGGUUAUGUUCCAGAUACUAACCCACUUGCGUUUGACAUUGAUGGAAGCUGAGUAUAAUAUAUCAUCUCCCAAGCAUGAUGAUUUUCUCUUUGACAAGGAUGGUUAGCUUUGAACUUUAUUGCGUACUCCAAAUUCAAUGCAUCAUGGUUGUAUAAUCUAACUCUCGGUGCUAUUGGAACAAGAAUUUGACCGUCCUUUUUCACUCAAGGCCUGAGUUGGUGAGAAUCCUGAUCCAUAUAACAUUUUAAAAAUUGUUGCACUUGCAUAUAGUUUCGUUUCUAUCUCCUGGCCGGAAGAACAGAAGAAAAAGAUUUAAUUUCUAUCAACCGUGAUAUUACUAUUCUUCUAUUUUCCCUUUUUGACUUGUUGGAAAUCAACUUUAUCGUAGUUUGCAUUUCUUCUAUUAACCUCUUCUUCUCAAUAGAGACGAAUGGUGCUUUCAUAAAUCAAUUUAGAUUUUGGUUAAUGUGGCUACCCAAGCCACUAGCUAGGCUGCUUGCAUAUAGAUCAUGCACCUAUUCAUCAUUUUACCUUUCCCUUCUGUUUCUGUCCAUCGACGUAAAGUGGUCUUUUAUAUUCUUUGCCUAAUAUCUUAUUGGUCUUAUAUUAAUUGCAUGCCAUAAAUACAUCACAAAGAGCUGAAAGCUACUGUUUACUGACUUUUCAUGCUAAAUAGACCGCAAAUGUAGAGCUGCAAGCUGCUCUUUUCUACUCUACUAGAUUAUGAGGCGCCCGAUUACGCUAUCUUCCAUGGGCACUUGUAAAACAGGUUGUUUGGACCAAUGCUAUUUCUUCAGGCAUGCACUUGCAAAGUUUCAAUGUAUGUAACUUCAGUUAUUGUUUGCAUGUGGAAUUUAUUUAAUGAUAUAUGUGGUACAUGUGUUUUACGUUUUCUAUUUGAAUGAUAUUAUUAUUAUUUUUGCAUAUAUCAACAGUGUUGAUGAAGAUUUUUGGAUCACCAUCAUUAGAGAGGAAAAUCACAAUCACACACAUAAACACAUGAUUUUGAGUGGUUCACCUAUAAUUAGGCUACAUCCACUUUGGAGCUUUUGUGUUUUCUAUUUAUAUUUCUCCGUGGAGGCUUACAUAUCGUUAAAUUGAGAGAGAGGCUUGAGUGCCAUUUGUAAAAGAGAGAGGCUUGAGAGCCUUUGUAAAAGAGAGAGCUUGGGAGAUCACCUCCAUUUGUAGUCCAAGUAGUGGUAGGUAGUUUGCUUGAUUGUAAUCAAAUUGGUAGUUCGCAUGGGCGGCAGGGGCAAGUUAUGGCAAGGGAUGUCUAAUCCCUAAGUUGGGGGAUCUUGCCUCAAAGGGUUGGUGAGGCCAAUCUUGGUGUCAACAAACAGCACAAACUAUGACAAUGAGAUCAGGCCGACUAGGUUUGGCCCUUCGGGCAUUGGAAGAUUGAGCCAUUUUAGAAGCGAAUGAAAACCAAUGUUCCUAACUGUGACAAACUUCCCUUGGAACCAUUGGGCGUGUUCAUGACCAUUUGUUUAGCAUGCACAGAGGUUUUGGUUGAUCUUCACACAGAACCGCUACGAUCUACCGUGCAAGAGGAGGAGAUUUCCGCUGCUCUCAAAGCUUCUGUUGAUAGUUUGGAAUAGUUUCAGGCUCAGAUGACUGAGAUGCAGGCUAUGAUGUAGUACCGAUACUGCCGCCCCAAUGACAUUCCUGAUUCCAGCCCUUUAGCUUAUUUUGUUAAC